UGCAGCGGAGGCAGGCAGGUGUCGUCCAGAAGCCGAGGCCACAUGGCGGCCUCCGCCGCUUUCGCCCUCCUCUUCUCCAACCUUCCCCAACCGCUUCGUCGCCGCCGCCCUCCUCCUCCUAUGCUCUCCACGCUUCGCCUCCUCCGCCGCCACCACCGCCGCCGCCGCCUCGCCGCCGCCUCCUCCGCCGCCAUGUCGUCGUCGGGCGGCGCGUCCUCCUCCUCGUCGUCAGGGGAGCGGCACGGCGUGGGGCGGAGCCCGAACCGCCUCGCCGCCGAGCACAGCCCCUACCUGCUGCAGCACGCGUACAACCCGGUCGAUUGGUAUCCUUGGGGAGAAGAGGCUUUCGAGAAGGCUCGCAGAAAGGACGUUCCCAUCUUUCUAUCAAUUGGCUAUAGCACAUGCCAUUGGUGCCAUGUGAUGGAAGUGGAGUCUUUUGAGAAUGAUGAAAUCGCAAAGAUUCUAAAUGAUGGGUUUGUUAGCAUCAAGGUGGACCGUGAAGAGCGACCAGAUGUUGACAAGGUGUACAUGACAUAUGUAUCAGCACUGUAUGGCGGUGGUGGUUGGCCUUUGAGUGUCUUUUUGUCUCCUAAUUUGAAACCGUUGAUGGGUGGUACAUACUUUCCUCCAGAUGAUAAGUACGGAAGAACAGGAUUCAAGACUAUUUUAAGGAAGGUUAAGGAGGCCUGGGAAACUAAACGCGAUGCGCUUGAGAAGACAGGAAAUGUGGUCAUCAAACAACUGCGAGAUGCAUUAUCUGCUAAAGCUAGCUCUCAAGAUAUGCCAAAUGAUCUGGCUGUUGUUUCUGUGGAUAAUUGUGUUGAAAAGCUCAUAUCUAUGCAGUUAGCAGGCAGUUAUGAUCCAAAAUUCGGUGGAUAUGGCUCUGCUCCAAAGUUUCCAAGACCUGUUGAGAAUUGUGUAAUGUUAUAUAAAUUUCGGAAGCAUUUGGAAUCUGGACAGGUGAGUGAAUCCCAAAAUAUAAUGAAGAUGAUAACUCAUACAUUGCAAUGUAUGGCAAGGGGUGGAGUUCAUGAUCACGUUGGAGGUGGCUUUCAUAGAUAUAGUGUGGAUGAGUGCUGGCAUGUCCCGCAUUUUGAGAAGAUGUUGUACGACCAAGGACAGAUAGCUAAUGUAUAUCUAGAUACAUUUCUGAUCACGGGAGAUGAGUAUUAUUCUUCAGUUGCACGUGAUAUACUUGAUUACUUGAGGAGAGACAUGAUCGGAGAAGAAGGUGAAAUUUACUCAGCAGAAGAUGCUGAUAGUGCAGAAUAUGAUGGUGCUCCAAGAAAAAGGGAGGGAGCUUUCUAUGUGUGGACUAAUAAGGAGAUUGAAGACACACUUGGGGAGAAUUCAGAGCUAUUCAAGAAUCAUUACUAUGUCAAAUCAUCUGGCAAUUGCGACCUUUCGCGGAUGAGUGAUCCUCACGAUGAGUUCAAGGGUAAAAAUGUGCUAAUAGAAAGAAAACAAGCUUCUUUGAUGGCAUCAAAGUGUGGCAAGUCUGUUGAUGAAUAUGCUCAAAUCCUGGGGGAUUGUCGGCAUAAGUUGUUUGAUGUCCGGUCAAAAAGGCCAAGGCCACAUUUGGAUGAUAAGGUUAUUGUCUCAUGGAAUGGACUAGCUAUAUCUGCUUUUGCAAGAGCUUCCCAAAUUCUGAAAUCAGAACCAACUGGAACCAGAUUUUGUUUCCCAAUUACUGGGUGCAACCCAGAGGAAUAUCUUGGAGUUGCAGAAAAGGCAGCACGUUUUAUAAAGGAAAAACUAUAUGAUAGCAGCUCAAACAGGCUGAAUCAUAGUUACCGAAAUGGGCCAGCAAAAGCACCAGGUUUUUUGGAUGAUUAUGCUUUCCUAAUAAACGGGUUGCUGGAUCUCUAUGAGUAUGGUGGUAAGAUAGAGUGGCUUAUGUGGGCUGCUCACCUUCAAGUCAUUCAGGAUGAAUUGUUCUUGGACAAACAAGGUGGUGGCUAUUUCAAUACUCCUGGAGAAGACCCUUCUGUUCUUCUGCGUGUUAAAGAAGAUUAUGAUGGUGCGGAGCCUUCUGGUAACUCAGUAGCUGCUAUCAACUUGAUCAGAUUGUCCAGUAUAUUUGAUGCAGCAAAAUCCGAUGGUUACAAAUGCAAUGUUGAGCAUCUCCUGGCUGUCUUCCAGACGAGGCUGAGGGAACUUGGUAUAGCACUGCCGUUGAUGUGUUGUGCGGCAGACAUGCUAUCUGUCCCGUCCAGGAAGCAGGUGGUUCUGGUGGGGAACAAAGAAUCGACUGAAUUCCGUGACAUGGUUGCUGCCGCAUUUUCGACAUAUGAUCCAAAUAGAACUGUGAUCCAAAUAGACCCCAGGAACACCGAGGAAAUGGGAUUCUGGGAGAGCAACAACGCCAUCAUCGCGCAGAUGGCACGUAGCAGCCCACCGGAGAAGCCAGCGGUGGCGCACGUCUGCCAGGACUUCAAGUGCAGCCCUCCGGUGACCUCUGCAGACGCUCUCCGCGUGCUGCUCAACAAGACAGUGGCAGCUGCUACUUCGUCUGCUGCUGCCUGAAGCGUCUUUCCCUCCUACGGCUAUGGAGCUCCUCUGGAAAGUACAUAAGUAACAAAUCGGCAGAGUUUUUAGCCUGCAGAAGGUUUAGCUUUCGGGUUCCCAAAGCUCUUUGAGCCGCCUCGGUUGUGUGUAGAUAUUUUUCUCUUAAUAAAAGCACUGUUUUCAUCUUGCUUCCCCUUGAGUUGCAGGCUGUUUGGAAUGUAUGAAUCUCACAUUUCACACGAGAUAAAAAAAACCAGUUUGCGUUACAAAGAUCCCGGCCCAAGGGAUCUCAGGAAAAGUGGAGUUCCAAAUGAAAAAGGAAAUCAUACUGAUGUUA